AUGCCGACUAAUCCGCAAAGACCAAAUGAAACACGACUCGUGUUUGUUGCCCUACAGCCACUCGAAUCGAAUCCACCGCGACGACUGAGUCCGGCCGUUCACUUCAGUACUCGUACACGAACAAACACAGCAAAACCAUCAUGUGCCACCACCAAGCUCCUCUUGCUGCUCCUCGACGGAACAGCCGCCGCCUUUGCUGGCCAUGCCGCCGGCACCGGCGCCGGUACCACUGGCUCUGGCUGCGUGCCCAAGGAGCGUGAUGCCUUGAUGGCGUUCAAAAGCGGCGUCACAUACGACCCCGCGGGCCGCCUCGUCUCGUGGCGGCGAGGUGUCGACUGCUGCCGGUGGAGGGGCGUCCGAUGCAGCAACCGGACUGGCCAUGUCGUCGAGCUUCGAUUUGGAUAUACCGAGCUAAUCGACGGCGAACAGUACCCGUACAUGGAAGGCGACGUAAGUCCAUCUCUGUUUUCUUUGGAGCACCUGGAACACCUUGAUCUUGGUGAGACUUCACUGAGUAUUCCAGGUGGCCGUUAUAAUUCCAAGUUAUGGGGAUCUCUUAAGAGCUUGAGAUACUUGAACCUCUCCGGCACAAUAUUACUCGAUGGCGACAAGAUGUUGCCUCAGCUUGGUAACCUCUCUAAGCUCCAAUAUCUCGACAUUUCAUACGCUUCCUACAUGAAUCCUAGUGUAAAACCAACAGAUUUAUCAUGGUUAACACGUCUGCCUUUGCUGCACCAUCUUGACCUGAGCUGGGUAAAUCUUACCAUGGUGCAUGAUUGGCCUCACACCGUGAAUAUGAUUCCUUCUUUGCAAGCUCUCCAUCUUUCUGCCUGUUCACUUCAAAAUGCAAACCAGCGGCUCCCACACCUGAACCUCACAAAACUUGAGUGGCUUGAUCUCAGCAUGAAUGAUUUUGAUCAUCCCUCCGAAUCCUGUUGGUUUUGGAACUUGACAAGCCUCAAGUACCUCAACCUUGGAUCCACUUUUUUAUAUGGUCAAUUUCCUAGCAUGUUGGGGGAAAUGAUGUCCCUUCAAUUCUUUGACUUCUCAGAAAACAUGCAUCUUGAUGGCCAUGGCGGUGGCGUCAUAGCGCCUCGAUUGCUGAGAAACCUAUGCAAUUUGGAAGUUCUAAACCUUGCGAAAGGUCUGUCUUAUGGUAACAUGACAGAGUUAUACGGAAGUUUGCCACACUGCUCUUCCAGUAAACUGCAAAGAUUGGAUUUGCAUAAAAACAAUAUCACCGGGACACUACCAGCUGGGAUUGUCCAAUUUACCAGCUUGGCCAUUCUCGACCUUUCCAAUAACCAUCUGGCAGGAUAUGUGCCUUCGGAGAUUGGUACACUCAGCAAUCUUAUUUUCCUGAACUUGGGAUACAACAAAUUCACAGGUAUCAUCACGGAAGAACACUUCUGUAACUUAACGGCCUUAAAACAUAUAGAUUUGUCCAAUAAUUUCUUGAGGAUUGUGGUAGAUCCUGAUCGACUACCCCCCUUGAAACUAGAGAUCGCAUCUUUUGCAUCUUGCCAAAUGGGUCCUGGUUUUCCUGCCUGGCUUCAACGGAUGUCUGGUGUUUAUAUCAUCGAUAUGUCAAACACGGGUAUAACCGGUCCGUUUCCGUACUGGUUCUGUGCAACACUUUCACUCGCUAAAGGUUUGGACAUGUCUGACAAUCAAAUCAAUGGAAGCUUGCCAAAGAACAUGGAAAUCAUGUCAUUGGGGUAUCUCUCCCUAGAUAGAAACCAAAUAGUCGGUGAAAUACCAACAUUGCCGAGAAACCUCACUGAUUUUUCCAUCUCAAACAAUGAUUUGUCCGGUCAAGUUCCAGGAUCUAUAUGCAAAUCCAGAGAGUUGCUGAGGUUAGAUUUGAGCAACAACAGUUUGAAUGGAGAAUUUCCUCAAUGCGUCGGGAUGACACAGAUAACCAAUCUUUUUCUAGGUGAUAAUAUGUUCUCAGGCAAGUUCCUAUCUUUUCUGCAAAGCUGCAAUGGGAGUCUUCCAUUGAGCAUCACCAAUCUAGGAGAAAUGUAUGAUUUCAAUAUAGCAGGCAACAGACUAUCAGGUGUUAUACCCUGGAAUAUGUCAAAAUUAACAAGCAUGAAGAGGAAGAAUGAUGGUGAGCAGCUAUUUUAUAAUUUGCCUGUGACCACGAAGCGUCAGGAACGUUAUUACGGAGUUCGACAUUCCAAGAUGGUGACCAUUGUCUUAUCCUUGAAUUUCUUAACUGGGGAAAUUCCAGAAGAAAUUGUUUCUCUUGGCCAACUGGUGAAUCUGAAUUUGUCAUGGAACUACUUGUCUGGAGAAAUUCCACAUAAGAUUGGAUCCAUGCAAUCACUUGAAUCACUAGACCUGUCAAGGAAUAAACUUUCCGGAGAAAUUCCACUGAGCAUAUCAAAUCUAACAUAUUUGGCUUGGUUGGAUCUUUCGUACAACAAUUUGUCAGGAAGAUUGCCACCGGGAUCACAACUUGACACCCUAUAUGACAAUAACCCAUAUAUGUACAAAGGCAACAAAGGUCUUUGUGGGUCUCCUCUCCAACGGAAUUGUUCAGGAGAUAAUAAUGCAACAAAGCUUGACAACAGUGAUCAAGAGAGAAGUGCGCAUGUCCCAGGUCCAAUGUUUUUCCACCUUGGGCUUGGGUCAGGGUUUGUUGUUGGUGUCUGGGUGGUGUUAUGUACCAUGCUCUUCAAGAAAACGUGGAGGAUUGCAUAUUUCCGGCUCUUUGAUGAGCCAUGCGGCCACCAGUGGUACUUGGUAAAAGCUUUACCACUGUUGCUUAGUCCGUGUAAUGUCAUUUAUGGACGUUUCUUUUCCUACAAGGUAGGAGUAUAUCAAUGGAACCUCCGUCAUUCUAUGGCCCGGAGGAGCUCCUAUUGGGCGUAUUCCGCACCAGUUAUACAACCCAGCGCUCAUGUGCACCCUUCUGUAGGCCGACCCAAUAAUGUGAGCACAGUGAGUUACGCAGAUGAAGCUUUCGGAGGAGGAGAGGAAGGGGUGAAGAUCCGGUGGACGACGAGGGCGAAGGGGAAUGAAGGAGAGAUCCAGGCGAUUGGGAAGGUGAUGUCUGAUCGGCCGGUGCAUCCGGAGGCAAUAAGCUUCUCGUUAGGGCGUUGCUGGUGCCCGCUGAAGGGGGUGGACUGCAAGGAACUGGGGGAGAACAUAUUCCUCUUCACUUUCAAGCAGGAGGCGGGGAAGCGGAAGGCACUGGAGGAAGGUCCGUGGAUGUUUGAUAAUGAUUUGGUCAUAGUGGUGGAUUUUGUGUUGAGCAAGAGAAUUGAGCAGUAUGUGUUUGAUGAGGUUCCGAUCUGGAUCCGGGUGUUUGGUCUGCCGCUUGGGAAGAUGGAUGAGGACACGGCGGAGGACAUUGGCAAUCUGGUGGGGAAGUUUGUGGAGAUGGGCACGGGGGCUGAUGGCUCGGCGAUGGGACGGUACCUGCAUAUCAAAGUCUUUAUGCCCAUCACUAAACUAAUCAUGCGGGGCAUCUACCUGGACGAGGAGGUGGAGAGUGAUGAGGAGAGGAUGGGGGAAGGGAAGAGGAGGAAGGAAGAUGAACGACCAUUCUGCAAUUUUGAGUACGAGUUCCUCCCAGACUUUUGCUAUGUGUGCGGGAUGCUGGGGCAUGUGGACAAAGGAUGCUCGAAGUGGAGCAGGGGGGUCGGGGCGAAGGGAAGUGGGGUUGAUCAUUCGGAAGAUGGAGCAAUCACUCCAGCGGGUGCAGACAAAACUGCUGGCGACCCUGCGGGACAUAUGGAGGAGGCGAGGGUGAGCCGGGACAAGGGGAAGGAUGCUACGGUGGACCGUGCUAAGGAUGGAGGAAAGGAGAAGAAGGAAGGAUAUGUUCCAAAAACUUACAAGAAAGUUCGCAGGGAGGAGAAGGGAGGAGGAGUGGAAAGGGGGGAGGCUAGCAAGAUGAGUGGCCAAAAGAGAGGUGUUGAGAAGGGAGAGGAUAACGAGGCGGUGAAGAGGGGGAGGGUGGACACGAAGGGCGGAUGCCAGGAGGCGAUUGAUGAAACAAACACUAUAUCGGACGGGCUGCAAGUGUGGCCCCGUCGGGAUCAAUGA